AUGGCAACUCGAGUUCGAGGAGAAAUGGAUGACCUUCUCGAUCUGGAGGAGGAGGAAAUGUUGUGCUAUUUACUUUUGUUGCUACAACAGAAAAAACGAAAACGAAGAAGAUGGUCAGUUCGACCACUUCACGCUUCUAGAAAAAGUGAGGGUGAAUACGUUCUUGUUCAACAAAUGAGAUGCAUAGACGAAGAAAUGCAUUUUAAGUAUUUUCGUAUGUCUUCGGCCCGUUUCGACGACUUGGCACAUCGAAUUAUGCCUCAUGUAAAGCAUGCAUCUACGCAUUUAAAUCCUGUUAGUGUAAAAGAAAGGCUAGCAGUUACGUUAAGAAUUCUAUCGUCUGGCGCCUCACAACAAACUGUGGCUUCAAGUUACCGAUUAGGAUCAACUACAGUUUCCCUAAUUUUGUUGGAGGUGUGUGUAGCUAUCUGGUUGGCAUUGAAUGAAGAGUUUGUUGCCUUUCCUUCUGGUUCACAAUGGGCAGAAAUUUCGCGUGAGUUUUGGAGGCUUUGGAACUUUCCAAAUUGUCUGGGCUCUAUAGAUGGAAAGCAUGUGCAACUCAAAGCACCUCCUCUUUCUGGAAGUGAUUUCUUGAAUUAUAAAGGAACUCAUUCUGUUGUACUAAUGGCUGUAUGUGAUGCUUGCUAUCGCUUUCUAAUGGUAGAUGUAGGUGCAUAUGGAAGAGGAUCUAUCUGGUAG